GUAUGACAAUAGAUCUAAUUUUUCUAAAGUCUAAAGAAAUCUAAUCUUAGAUGAUAGAUCUAGAUCUAUAUUGACUAGAUCUAUAUAUAUUUAUAGGACCAUUCCAAGAAUCUAGAAGUUCACCAUUACUUUUGCCUGCCUGGAAUAUAGAGUAGGAGAAAAAAUGACUAGUGCUGGAUGUGAACUUGAUGACUGGGAUAAUGAUGACCUGUUGUUGGCAACGCUUGAGGCAGAUGAGAUCAUUGAGGCUAGAAAACAUGAAGGAAACACUAUACCAGUUUCUAGUGUUGAGGUACCAGACUCCUUCCCAUUCCCUUUCACACCUUAUGACAUACAGAAAGAUUUUAUGAAAAACUUGUAUCUGUGCUUGGAGCUGGGAAAAGUUGGCAUAUUUGAAAGUCCUACAGGAACAGGGAAGUCACUCAGCAUUAUCUGUGGUGCUCUGAAAUGGUUGAGAGACUUUCAAGAGAAACAAAGAAAGUAUUUGGAAACUUUGAAAUCAACAGACAGCGUUGCAGUCAAUACAUUGACUAAACCAAGUUCUGAGAAAAAAGAGCCUGAAUUGGAUUGGAUCCAUGAGUUCACAGUCAAACUUGAACAAGAAGCUCUGCUUUCUAAAUUAAAGAAUGAACAAGAAAAUAUCAAGAAAAGAGAGACCAAGUUAAAAGAACUGGAACAAGUCGGCAGUAAGAAAAGAAAGUUUAAUGCUCAGCUGGACUCCAGAUUUGAAGAUUUGAUGACUGAUGCUUCAGAGGAUAUAAAGAGAGCUUGCAAGGAGGAGUUACAGGCCUUGGAUGCUGAACUGAAUGAUAGUGAAUCUGGGACACAUCAGGACGAUGAGGAAAUUAUUGUGGCUGAGUACAACAGUGAGGAUGAGAAUGAUGGGAAGGCUAAAGCAAGUGACUGUGAAGAUGAGGAGGAACAUAUUACCAAGAUUUAUUACUGUAGCCGCACACACUCGCAGCUGUCUCAGUUUGUGAAGGAAGUGAUCAAGUGCCCUUAUGAGAAUGUGAGAGUUAUCUCUUUGGGGUCAAGACAGAAUAUGUGCAUUAACCCAGCAGUAAGAAAACUGAGCUCACUAAGCCUAAUUAAUGAUAGAUGUUUAGAGCUGCAACAAAAGAAAAGUAAAAAGAAGCCAGGCUGUCCAUUUUAUAAACAAGAAUUGUUACAAACAUUUAAAGAUAAAUCUCUGCUGAAAGUGGUAGACAUUGAACAGUUGGUGACUACAGGCAGAGAGAUGAAAGCCUGUCCUUAUUAUGGAUCUAGAUUGGCUGUACCUCCCGCUGAAAUAGUGGCCUUACCUUACAACACCUUGCUUCACAAGUCUACCAGAGAUGCCUGUGGGAUCAAGCUGACAGGCAAUGUUGUGGUGAUUGAUGAAGCUCAUAAUCUUCUGGAGACCAUCAACAACAUACACAGUGUGGAAAUAACAGCUGCGCAGAUAGUCAAAGCCCACUCACAGUUGAGUCAGUAUGAGAAAAAGUUUAAAUCUCGAUUGACAGCUAAAAACUUGAUGUAUGUCAGACAAAUUCUGUUUGUCUUGUCACACUUGGCUGCUGUCUUAGGAGCUAAGGUCAACAGUUCAGUCAUAACACAAACAGGGGGCAAAACAGAAAUAAAGCUGCAGAACUUGAAUGACUUUCUGUUUGAAUCUCAGCUUGAUAACAUGAAUAUGUUUAAAUUACUGCGCUACUGUCAGCGUAGCCGAAUCAGUAAAAAACUUCAUGGAUUUGUAGAGAAGUACCAAGAAGCAGAAGUAAAAACAGAAGAAAGUCCUUGUUCUGGUGUCUCCAAGUUUCUUCAAGAGAUCAAUCUUUUGAAAGGAAAACAAGACAACACUAAUCCUCAAACUUCAGCUGUAACUUCAGACCACCAGCAAGCCAGCUACAUGAGCUCACCACUUAUGCAGAUUGAAAGUUUCCUGGAAGCGCUGACCAAUGCUGACAAAGAUGGCAGAAUUGUAACUCAUAAAGAAGCUGUUUUGAGUCAGUCUACUUUAAAAUUUAUUAUGCUAAACCCUGCAGUGCAUUUCAUCAGUGUGUUAAAGGAAGCAAAGGCUGUUGUUGUGGCUGGUGGAACUAUGCAACCAGUCUCAGAAUUCAAACACCAACUGUUUCAUGCAGCUGGAAUAUCUCCUGAAAGGAUCCUAGAAUUUUCUUGUGGUCAUGUGAUACCAGGGAGACAGUUGCUCCCUCUGGUGGUGACCAGAGGACCUACAGGUGUCACUCUUGAUUUCACAUACCAGACAAGAGAUAAACCACAUAUGGUAGAAGAAUUGGGUCGUGUGAUAACUAAUAUCUGUAACGUGGUGCCAGGUGGUGUGGUUUGUUUUUUUCCUUCCUAUGAUUAUGAAAAUCUUAUCUACACAUAUUGGGAGAAAAAUGGCACUAUUGGAAAAAUUGAGACUAAGAAAAAGGUGUUUAGAGAACCAAAGAAGAGUGGAUUUGUGGAGCAAGUACUUUUAGAAUAUUCCAAUUGUAUCAAGAGGUGUUCUUCUUGGCAAGGUUCAAGAACUGGAGCUCUCUUAAUGUCUGUAGUUGGAGGGAAGAUGAGUGAGGGUAUCAACUUCUCUGAUGACAUGGGAAGAUGUGUAAUGAUGAUUGGCUUGCCGUAUCCUAAUAUUAAUUCCCCUGAGUUGAAGGAGAAGAUGGCCUACUUGAAUUCCACAUUUCCGAAAGAUGAAGAAGGGAGAUUAGCGGGACAAGUUCAUUAUGAAAACUUGUGCAUGAAGGCAGUCAACCAAUCUAUAGGUCGGGCUAUUAGACACAAAGAUGAUUAUGCUGCGAUUCUGUUAUUGGAUCAACGUUAUACCAAGCCCAGCAUCUAUAACAAGUUGCCAAGUUGGAUUAGCCAGCACUUAGACAAGGCAGACAAUUUCUCCAAAGUAAUGCAAUCUCUACCAAAGUUUUUUGCUCCUUUCAAGUCAACCUUAUAGCAAGUGUUCUAUCUUCACAGGUACACAUCCAUGUGAUAGUGAUCAAUUCUUGUUCUUAUUAGUUCCAUUAUUGAACUUAUGUUAGUAAAACACACAAAAUAAUUACUAUAGCUUUGUGUUGAACAUUAUUUUUCCACCAGUUUUUGUUGCAGAUAAUGGAUGAAAACAUAGCACAUACAAUAAUGUUUUUUUUUCUAAUUUUUUUUU